AUGGAACUCACAAUUCCCGACGGCAAGCUCCAUAAAGUCGUCGGCCACACUUUGGAGGAGCAGGAGACACACCAGCUUAAGCUCGUCACAAAGCUUCUGGUCGGUCCCAAUGGCUCUUUGCCUGACUUGCCUGCUGACUCCGCCCCCAAACCCGCAUUCUGGGACGAUCUUCGCCAGCAAUUCCUCACUGCCGGGGUUCGUCAAGAUAACCCUGGAAAGUCGACUUCUGGAGCAGGUCCUGACAAGGAAGCCACAUCCCAGGCAGGCCAGACCAAUACUCUGGAAACCCUCCUGAAGGUGGUGCCCAUUGGCAGUGAGAUCAUUGCCCAUUUGUGGCUUGUCGACACUGCAGCCGUUGGAAAGUUGGCCUCCAUUUCGAAGGGCUGCUUCGACGCCGUUGCGAUCCACAUGUCUAAAUUCGACCUGCCUGCGGGCGAGUAUCGGGACUGCGAGUGGCUUCCAGAGGAGCUGGCUCGCAUGAACGAUGCUGACCGGGCAAUCAUUGACAUCGGUGGCAUUGGACGUAAUCUACUCAUUCGUGGCAAGGCCCUGAAUAAUGACCCGUGUGCCGGACACAUCGUCAAGGGUAUUCCGCGAUUCUGGUCCAGCCUCCAGCAGCGAGAUGAGUUGUGGGCUAUCUCGGAGGUAAUGUGCGAGGCCAAUCCUGACUACGUCGAUGACUUUGCUCCCUUCCACUACGGCGAGAACAAGCUCCUCGAGGUUGAAGAUCGCUGGAGGCGUCGUCUUCAGGAGAUGGGCUUGCCUUCUUCGACAACGGACGCGGACGAGCGCGACAACCUCUACGUGGCUGAGAUGAGCUACAACAUUCCGAUGCUGCGAUCUCUGUUCCAGUUUGGAGGAGCACUCACUGCGCUGCAGUUGCAUGAGGUUCCCAUGAUGGACAUACGCAUUCUUGAGCUGAUCCUUUCGGCUUGCCCUGUACUCGAGAUACUGGGAAUCGUUAAGUGCGAACUUCUUCAUGUCGCGCACAUCAAUCAAAUUCUCGACCUUGUCUUCCAACGCGCCACGAAGACCGGCAAGAAGCUGAGAAGCCUUCAAUUUUAUCCUCGCUCUUACACCGAGCCGGCCCACAACCGCACCGGCACCCACGUUCUUUCUUGGAAUCCGCUCAAGACCAACGUUAAGACGAGCCUCUUCGUCACACUCUUCUUGGCCAUCCUUAAGGCCGUUCCAAUGGGCAUUGACCUCGUGUCUGAAGGUCAAUCAUUCCGCCGGUUCCUCGAUCUGGUGCCGAUGAAGCCCGGCCAAAUGGCUCUCUUCCUGCACCACGUCCAUAAGUGGCUUGACGCAGCAAAGACUCCUAAAGUCUAUGACUGGCUCACCGAGGAAAAUAGUCCCCAGGGCCAGUACCGCGACCCUCGCCUACUGAUGCUCGAGGAUCAAGUUCUCCUCAGCAUGCUCCAGGGCACCAAGGAGGGGAAAACUAUGGAGAAGCAUCGGCGACCGAUUUAUUACCACGAGAAGUACGAAUGCUGCGGAUGCGGAUGCCAGAUGCUCGCGGUCCUCUUCCGCAGGGAGAUGAAGUCACGCUCAGCCGAUCAUCGCUUCUGCCGCAUCUGUGACCUUCGGGGUGAGCUCAACGCAGAGAGCCACCAUCGUCUCCACGACAAGAGAACGAUGGUGAACAGCUUCCUCUACUCCCCCAAAGAUACUGAGGACAAGGCGGAUCCAACCAACGCUGAGCUCCGGAGCGUCUGGGCUCCCCCUCAUCGAAACCCCUUCAUCGAAGGGCCGAUUAUCAACGGACCCCAUCGUGAAGAGGCCGUUCUCCAGCACCGAAACCUCCCCAAAGUUCAAGUUCUUAUGCACGAAUCUAGACACUUCGACAUUCUCAACGCUGCGGGACAGGCUGCAAUUCUCGAUGCCAUGGAAACGGGCUGCUGGAAAGCUGGGGUCUUCAACGACCACCCUGCCUUGACCGAACAGACUCCAUAUACGAAGAUGAGAGUCCCCAACCAGAAGAUGCUUCGCAAGCAGGCCUGGGAGUAUGUCAUUUGGAAGACCUACUAUAAGGACGCUGGUUUGGCCGAGCAGCAGGCGGCGGCGAUAGCAGCCGGACACGAACCUCCCAAGCCAGCCGGCUUUUGGUGA